GUUUCUGACACAACCGAGUUCACUAGCAACCUCACAAACAGACACAAUGGUGCAUCUGACUCCUGAGGAGAAGGGUGAGAUCAGUAAUCUGUGGAGCAAGGUGAACGUGGACGAUGUCGGUGGUGAGGCCCUGGGCAGGCUGCUGGUUGUCUACCCAUGGACCCAGAGGUUCUUUGGGCACUUCGGGGACCUGUCCUCUGCUGAUGCUAUUAUGCACAACCCUAAGGUGAAGGCCCAUGGCAAGAAGGUGCUAAGCGCAUUUAGUGAUGGCCUGCAACACCUGGACAACCUCAAGGAGACCUUUGCUAAACUGAGUGAGUUGCAUUGUGACAAGCUGCACGUGGAUCCUGAGAACUUCAGGCUCCUGGGCAAUGUGCUGGUGGUUGUGCUGGCCCACCACUUUGGCAAGGAUUUCACCCCACAUGUGCAGUCUUCCUAUCAGAAGGUGGUGGCUGGUGUGGCCAAUGCUCUGGCUCACAAGUACCACUGAGCACCAUGUCCUCAGAGCCCUACUGCUUAACAUUGGGAAAUUAUAAAGGGCUUUGAACUUCUGGCUUCUGCCUAAUAAAGAACAUUUAUUUCAUUGCAA